GCCUCAGCACAUUCCCUUAAGGAAAGCGCUAUGGACUUGGUCAGUCAGUUGUUCCUUCCUAUUAUGAGUAUAUAAUCUCUUACUGUUAGCCUCGGUCUACAUUCCCUACAGGAUAAAUGGCUUGAGUUAGCGCUUCUAUCUCGACUGCCAGCACCUUUUCCGCCCCCAUUCCACGCCAGGGCUCUCUGGCUGCCCAAUCAGCACGAUCAAGACAACUUAGCAGACAGACUCGUUAUGACCAAGGCGUCCCGUCGGAUAUGGAAGCAGACGAAGGAUCUCCUUAGCGGGGCAACCCCCACUCCAGCCAUUUAUAAGAUCAGCCUCACGCCUCUUCCAACCAAGAACAACGUCAAUCCGUCUCUCUCCUCCAAGGAGUGAACCCAAAAUGUCCUCCCUUAUCAAACACAUCUCAGUCAGCCUUCUCUCUGUCAUUCUCUUCCUCGGUGCCUUCUCCCGCUUUUCGCACGGCAAGUUCGUACCAUGGUGGUACGCCUUUCAAACAUACCAUGCUCCAGACGAUGGCUCGACCGUUGCCAUUAUUACACCAUACAUCGACCUGCUUAUCGGCUUGGUCUUACUUUUUGGUAGGCAGAGCUUCAGGCUUGCCGCUGCGGCCAUUAGUCUGUUCUUCUUUGUCAUUGGGCUGGCUAUGCAGGUGUCUGCUGGGAAGAAUUAUAUGGGAGAUGUUGCCCUUGUUGCAGUUGGGAUUGCUGCUGUUUGGGGGGCGUCAACGACGUCUAAGGAGGCACAGUGGCCAGUUUUCAGCGGAGAGUUCUGGGUUGUAUGUAUCUCUGGUCUACUUCUCCAACUUGUUCGAGCAUUGUAUUGACGCCUUCUUUCAAUUCCUUUUCUCCCUUUUUUUGUGCUGGUCUUUUUUUUCUCCAUGCGAACAUUCAAUGAACCAAGAAACUGAAAGAGUGGCUCUAUGAUACAACACUUGGUGAAUAGAUUAAAUAACAAACUCAACCCGUUCUGUACGAU